UGACUGUUUUCAACUUUGUGCGUGUAUAUCUGUGUUUAUGUGGUGUUUAUGAUUGUGAGUUUGUAAAUAAAGUGUAGUGAAAUGAGUGCAGAUACAGAUGAAUCAAAUUCUGCUGAUGCGAUAAUUUUUAAACGUAAACGUAGAAAACCUUUAAGAAAACGCAACGAUGAGGAAAUGGACUCCAAUGAAAGUGAGGAAGAGGAAGAUACAAGGAAAAAAUUAGAAGAAAUGAAGACACUCCAAAAGCUUCGUCAGAGGCAAAAUGGUGUCAGCUUGGUCAGCUUAGCCCUUGGAAAGAAGGUUACAUUACAAGAAGAGACGUCUGUGACGGAUCCAUUUAAAGUGAAGACUGGUGGCAUGGUGGAUAUGCAAGCCCUUAAAAGUGGAAAAGUAAAACGUGUUGAUGAUGCCUAUGACACAGGAAUUGGAACGCAGUUCUCAGCAGAGACAAAUAAAAGGGAUGAGGAUGAAGAAAUGAUGAAAUAUAUUGAAGAACAGUUAUCUAAGAGAAAAGGGAAAGUAAAGACAGAAGAAGGAGGUGGAGAGUCUUCUGAUCAAAAGUAUUGCUCUCCAGAGGAAUCUGCACUACUUGCUGUGCCAGAACAUCUCCGUGCCUCAUCAACACAUCGAUCAGAAGAAAUGCUUUCCAAUCAAAUGCUUAGUGGCAUUCCUGAAGUGGACCUUGGCAUUGAUGCAAAAAUACGUAACAUUGAAGCUACUGAAGAAGCAAAGCUAAAGCUACUUUGGGAACGCCACAGCAAGAAGGAUGCUCCCUCGCAGUUUGUUCCAACCAAUAUGGCUGUUAACUUUGUUCAGCAUAACAGAUUUAAUAUUGAAGAUCCAGAACCACCUAGGAGAAGAGAUAAACAUGUAGAAGAAAAGAAGAAGGCUGUUGUUGUGGGAUUAAACCCAGAAGAGAGGGGCAAACGACAACGGGACAAUGCUGAAAAGGCAACAGAUGAUUAUCAUUAUGAACGAUUUAAAAAACAAUUUAGGCGUUAUUAGUAUGUGUACUGAGAACCUCUAGCUGAUUUAAUAUUGUCUUGAAGUAAGUUUUGACAUGUUAAAAUAUUUAAAAUGAUGACACUACAACCAAGCGUGAGAAAAGGAGAUUAAAACUAUUAUAACAGCAGCGGACACACUUAGCAGUUCACACAGAAUCCAGUAAUAUAUGUUUAAUUUUGUAAAAUAACUUUGUUUAUAUAAAAUAAAAACUCUUUCCCUUUUUAAGUAAAUGAAAGCUUUCGUCUUGUUGACUGAUAAGAUGGUUACUUGUUGGUUACCAUUCUGUUGUUUAUUGCAUGACAUUUCAGAAUAAUUUCUAUUAUAAUCAGUACAUCUCAUCAUCUUUCAGAUUCAUUUCUUAAACAUUUUUUCUAAGUGCUUUAUGGCAGAUGGGUAGAUCAUUGCCUCUACACCAGCAGGAAUUGUUCAUCUGUGGAAAAUUGGUUCAGUUUCAGCAUAAUUCUAAGUUGUGGCAACAAAGCAAAAUCAUAUGGGCUAAAAUCAUAGAUAUAAGGUAGUAUCUUGUUGUAGUUGACUAGUGACAUAAAUUUUUAUCAGUGUGCCAAGAAAUUAUUGGAAGAAAAGAACACGCUAUUGGAUCUCAGUCAUGGAUGGACGGUUGUAAGGACCUGUUUAAUUAGGAGCAGGCAUUGUUCCUCAUACCACUUCCCAUUUUUGAGAGAUUGAAUCCUCUUCACUUAUGAAGUAGAAAACUGAUUUUUUGUCUUUUUGAGGAACAGGGGUUUUCAGACUGUGAUAACACAUGAUACACACUACUCUUCUUUAGGGAUGGGGAAAAACUGACCAGUUAAAACCAAUGCCAGUAUUUUAGUUCUGAAUAACCAUUAUUUUUUAUAUUUGUUUGGUCUCAGUUAUAACAGGUGUUUUUUAUAUUCUGCUAAUAAGUGAUUAAAAAAAAUAUCAAUUACAGUUUGAGUCACGACUGAUGGUGGUCGAGUUUAGACUUGUUCUGCGCAUCUAUGCCAUGCUUUCUUUGACAACCAAUGAGCAGUCAGUAGUGUUCUCAGCACCCUGCUGUGAAUGUCAUAGCCAUUGCGGGCAUUAAACGUGAUUGUAGUGAGUAUAUCAUGGUGCUUCCAUUAAACACAUUCCGAUA